UUGAUCGUCUGAAGUCCUGACUCGCUCAAUCAAGUUGUGAACGCUUUUGUGUGCAUAUGACUCGCAGAGCUCCCAACUAUUUUGUCUCCGUGCAACCAGCAACGCGAAAGACGGGACGUGAUGGAGUUGGUACUACAAAUACAAUGCGGCUAACAUCUAAGUUGGUGCGGUCCAGGUCACGCGGACCUCUUUACUCCGUAGAAUACCUGGAUCUUUCAUAUCAUGGAAUAGUGACCAUCGAUGGGCUGAAACAGUGUAGCCGGCUCCAGGCCCUGUCACUGCAAGGUAACAACAUCGCCAUCGUGCAGAACCUGGAAUCAUGUUACAGCCUUUGGCGACUGGAUUUGUCCAAUUGCAAGAUAAGCAAUCUGGAUGGCUUGUCUAAAUUCAUCGCCCUGGGCUGCCUGAAUCUUGCCAACAACGAUCUGAAGUGGGGCGAGCUCAUGAAGAUACGUCACAUGCACAUCCUUGACCUCAGUCUCCAUGGCAAUGAGAUACUGGAGAAGGAUGAAUACUGUCGUAUCCAUGUGAUUGACAGCUUGCCUAAUGUGUGGACGUUAGAUGGCAAGAUUGUUACAUCUGCAGAGCGGAUACAGGUCCAACAGUUUUUCCAAGACUCGGCGCUCUCAAAACGACCAGUUAGACACAAGCUAACACGGGAGCAGUUUGUGCCGACACCACUGAAGAAAAUUGAGGUCAAUGGAAUCUACGGAGAAAGGACGACUCAUUUCAUGAUGCGAUUCCCAACGAAUGGCUCCCUCAACGUGGAGACAGACCACCGCAGGCUCAAGUACCUGUUCUACUGCUUGGAGCAGGACCUUCGACUGGAAAUGAGACACAGGAAAACGGACCAGAGGUUAAAAAUCUACCAGACCCAUUUCAUGGAAAGCCUUCUGGACGUCAGACCCAAGGAGAGGGACCGAUGCAACGUCCUGCUGCUCCUGCUGGUAGCCUCCUUGGAAUUUGUCCUGCCAACGUACCUCGUCCAGGAGACGCUGAGUGCUGCCAAGCUGACCGAUGUUGGGGGCGUGGAGACAAUCGAGCUGUUCCUGAUGCCUAGGGACCACCGGUGCCAGGUUUCUUCCCUACUGCUCAGUGCGGUCAAAGUGGACAGAGACAAUAAAAAGGACGGAGGCCUGUAUGACCGCUUGUAUCUCUGUCUCUAUCACGCUGUCACCGAGCUGUACAAGAAGAUGCAUGCAAAUGCUGGCGUUGGAUCACCUCAAACUUCACCACGGAGCGUUGUGGCAACCAGCGACAUCAAAGAGUUUAAGUCCUUGCUCGCUGCAGAGGUGGUUCAGCUCUUCUGCAUUGUGCCUGUCUUCUUCGACUACGUCACCAAGGAGUCCGGCGUGAUGCGCCUGGUAUCUGUAGCAACCGCAGACACCACAAUCGUGGACAAAGUUGCAGAUCUCAUCGAGAGGAUCAAGCAACAAGGGGGCGAGCUUCGGAGAAUUAUCGAAGAAGUGGCAGAGUUUCUAAUUAAUGCCCUUAACAGAAAUACUAAGGAUGUCCUCAACAAGGGAAUCCCAGUCAAAAGCUUGUCAACCUAUGUCCUCUCUACGCCCAAGGCCCUCCCUAGGAGACCACAGUCUUCCCCAGUCCAUGCCAGCAAGUACCUGGCCAUCGGCCGGCCCAGCCCGGACUGCCCUCCUACCUCCGCCCGCACCCGGCCGGCCACUGCCCAGGGUCUGAGGGUGACGGGCUUACGGCAGCCGCAGCAGCGGCGGCAACCAAAGCUGGGCGACAAGGUGCUGCUGGCGCCUCAGAACCUUGGGUUCAUCAUUGCGCUGCCUGAGUGCGACAUAGCCCUGGUGCAGAUGGACAGCAUACCAGACCUCAUUUUAAAUCUUAAAGCUCAAGCACCCAAUGGGUCAGUGGUGACGAGUACCGGUGAUGUGGACCAGAACUACUGCUACAUUGACAUGGCAGAAGUGACUUGGGAUGCGCAGUAUCAGUACUGGAAACCAGUUGGAACCAUUGGCGACCGGAUUACGAUCCAGAAUAUUGAUGAAUUACCUCCGGCCAACCCACCCGCCAGCCCCAGAACAGGGAAUACGCCCCCUCACAGCCCUAGAGAAGACCCACAACUGCCCCCUUCACCAGCAGGCGAGACUGAAGAUUUGCCUCGCUCUGUGUCGGUCCUCCUACGUGAACGCCUGAGACUCACUCCGCAGAUCAACGUAGUAGACCUCAAUGUCCCCACUCCCAUCCCCUCCCAAGCGAGAGACCAACCCUCCCAGCCCAAAGAAAGAGGCCCAGUGCAGUCCCCCGUCAGCAUGGAGCCUCCAGAGGGCGUGCUGUAUGAGUGUGUGAAGUGUGCCAUGGAGGUGGUUAAGUCGAAUAACGAGGGUGUGAGCCCAGGGACGGACGCCGAGAAAAGGGAGCAGGAAGUGAAGAAGGAAAGGACAAGCAGGAGAGAGGAACAGCCUUCGUCUGCUUGCUCCUUGAGUGGGUUGACGGAGAGAGCCAUUGAUGAUCACAUCCUGGAGGACGUGUCCGAGGCUAACUCGCAGACGGCAUCAACCACAAGGAGAAACAGCUUUGAGUCGCUGGGAGAAAAUUUGGCCCAGCAGGCUGACUUGGGAGAAACUGCCGUGAAACCCAAGAUGGCCACUGGACAGCCAAGAGCAACAUCUGCCAAGUCGGUGGUCAGUGACGUCUCCGUCAGCAGCACGCGAUCCCACACCAUUGAAGUCGACCUGCGACCGGAGAGCGAGAUGCUGUCCGAAUAUCAAGUCACCCGGACCGAGGAGUGGAAGAGGACAUCAGUCACAAGACCACAGUCCUCAAAGAGCAUAGGACCAGCAUCACGUUCUUCUACGCCCACACGAGGGCGCUAUCGUGAGCCCUCAGGGAGUCCAGUGCUGGUCCAGCAGGGCACUGAUUGGCUAGCUGGCGGCCUGAACGUCCACCGCAUUGAGAGGCUGACCAAUAAGAUGAAGGUUCACCACACCCCGGGAUGGAUGGAAGGGAUGACCGGCAGACGUCCCCAGUCAGUGGGGCCAAACCGGUCAAGGACUCCACCAAGACAGAACAACCGAAGAAUGAUAAAGUCUGCCGGCAUGUCCAGGGAAGGGUCUUCAGCAUACACAGAGCCUCUCCUCAUGACCCCGUCCUCCAACCCUGCAUUCUUCUGCCGAGACGUGAGCCGUCUGAUCAAUCCCAUGUACACCCAUCACAACCAGAGACCACUUCUGACCAAGACGUCAAGAUUUACUCGGGAGGGUACAUGAGUGGAAAGAAUCAACAUUUCCCAAGAAGUCUUUACCAUUUUUUCCCCCACGAGUCCUGAAUUUCCCUUUACCUGAAAAAUUGGUGUAUUUCCUGUACUGCUUUUUCCUCCUCUUUUAUUUCAACAAAUUUCUGAUGACUGGGUUUUUUGGAACCUCUUCGUAUUUCAAAGCAGGAAUUUUUUCAAGAAGGGAUGCUGUGUUUGAUGAAGAGGAUUAAAAAUGUACGAGGAUUGAGUUUUUAGUUAAAUGCAAUAACCAAAUAAAGACAAUGCCAAGGCCUUAAUUUUUUUUUCACUCUAAAAACCUGUAUGGAGUAAAAUAGUGUGUGCAUUUAUUCAUUUUGGGUGAAAUUGCUUUUAUCCAUAAUUAAAAGAGUGUGUGUGCAUUUUUACUAUUGUCCUAGGAUUAUCUGAACUCCUAAAGUAAAUUUAAAUAUAAUUUAUUUUAUUUAGUUUGCGUGACAGAGAGUUUGUGUGUAGAGAGUGGAACAAAUCAUAAAUUUGAAUUUUAAAGAGAUUUUCUAUAUUGCAAGUUUUAAAAAGUACGUAGUUGUUUUAAUGUAUAUUGGUUGAAGGAGUUCUUCAAGGUUUGAAGAUUUAGAGCAUCUGUGAUUGAGUAGUGCACUUGAAUCACUGCCCUCACCCUGGUAUUUUAGAUGUUGUUAUUUUAGCUGUUUGCAUUGGUUUGAAAUCUCCAAUUCUGACUUGAAUAUUUUCAUUGUAAAAUGUCUGCUGAGAACAAGCAGGGUGCGGAUGGGCGGGCAGAUUGAUAAAAACUGAAAUGCUGGUGGCAGCAGAUAUAUACCCAUCACCGGUCCUUUUUCACGGUGUUGCACAUGCUCAUGACUAUUGCAGGCAUUCUCAGAACAGGGCAAGCAUGUUCAGAACUGGUAAAAGGGACGAGAGAAAUUUCAACAUCCUGUAAUUACCUAAAGGCAUCCUUUUUCUGGUUAUUUUACCUUUUAUCCAGUGUAGAAGAACCGAAACAGUCAUAUUCCAACAUCCGCAAGAGUUUCAGCUUGCAAGGAAAUAAACUUUUAUUGAAUUGAAA